AUGGUGGCCAUGGAGGAUUCAAGCUGCUGCGAAUCCAGCCAGGCGCCCCUGAUUCGGUGCGACGAGGCCGAGCUGCAGCGCAUCUACCGAAAAAUCGACUGGGUCGUGCUGCCGCUCAUGUUCAUGUGCUACUUUCUCGAGUUUCUCGACAAGAUCCUCAUCGGCUACGCCAACGUCAUGGGCCUCGAGGCGGACCUGUCGCUGCGACCGGGCCAGUUCCAGUGGCUCGCGACGACGCUGUACAUUGGCAUGGCGGCCGGGCAGCUGCCACAGGGCGCGCUGCUUCAGCGCUUUCCCGUCAGCCGGGUGCUCGGGGCCAAUGUGUGUCUCUGGGGCGUGGCCGUGUGCUGCAUGGCGGCGGCGCGCGGGUUCGCGGGCAUCGCGGCGCUGCGGACGCUGCUCGGCGUGGGCGAGGCCGUGGUCGCGCCGGCCCUCAUCAUGGUCACGACGCAGUGGUACACGAAGCGGCAGGCCGUUCCGCGCAUGGGCCUCUGGUACAGCGGCGUCGGCGUCGGCCAGAUCGUCGGCGGCCUCAUCUCCUGGGCCGCCCAGCACGCGCCCGCCACCGCGUCCUUUGCCAGCUGGCGCGUCAUGUUUGCCGUCGCCGGCGCCAUCAACCUCAUGACCGGCCUCGCCGUGUUUUCCUUGCUGCCGCGGUCCCUCGAGACGGCCGCGUUUCUCAGCGACACGGAAAAGGACCUGGUCCGGGACAGCCUGCUCCUGGACCAGGCCGGCAACGGCGCCAAAAUCUUUCGCUGGUCGGGCAUCCGCGAAGCGCUGGGCGACGCGCAGGUCCUGCUCUUUGUGCUCUUUACGCUGGCCACGGUGAUUCCGGGCGGCUUCAUCACCAGCUUCUCCGCCGUCGUGAUUCGGAGCUUUGACUUUAGCCCCAAGCAUUCGGCCCUGCUCACCAUGGUGUCGGGCGUCGUGACCAUUUUCGGCACGACCGCGUCCACCAUGGCCAUCUUGUACAAUUUCCCCCGCUGGCUCGGCAUCGUGCUGCUGCUGAUUCCCAGCAUGCUGGGCGCCGGACUCAUGUCCUUUGCCAAGGCGAAAGCGGCUGCGCUCGCCGGCGUGUACCUGGUGAACUUGGACAUUGCUCCGCUCGUGUUGAUUUUCAGCAUGAUUGGCGCCAACGUCCAAGGAUAUACAAAAAAGGUCUUUGUGACGGGCCUGGUGUCGUUUGCCAAUGCGUGCGCCUGCAUCAUUGGCCCGCAGACGUUUCGCCCGCAGGACGCUCCGCAGUACAUUCCGGCCAAAAUUACCGUGUUUUGCGUCACCGGAGUGGGCAUUGUCAUUGCGGUGCUUUUGCGGAUGCUGUAUGCUGUGCGCAAUCGUAGGAAUGCGGCGGCGAGAAAAGCGGCCAUGGACGCGAUUGCGCGAGGCGAGGCCGAUGCUACAAAAGUGCUGAAUGAGGAAGAAACAGAUCUAAAGAAUAACAAGUUUGUCUACAUGUACUAG